CUUUCUCCCUCUCUCUCCCCCUCUCAGUGACAGAAGUAAAGGGCCCCGCCCCUCCGUGCUUUCCCGUCGGCAGGAACACACGCGCGCGCUCCUAACCGAGCGAACCCACCGGAGGGAAGAAGAUGGCAGAGCGGCAACAGCCGAAACACGAAGGCCGGGUAAAGAUCGGCCAUUACAUCCUCGGCGACACGCUGGGAGUGGGAACCUUCGGGAAAGUGAAGAUUGGCCAGCAUCAGCUGACGGGCCACAAAGUGGCAGUGAAGAUCCUAAACCGACAGAGGAUCCGCAGCCUCGAUGUCGUCGGGAAGAUCAAACGGGAGAUCCAGAACCUCAAAAUGUUCAGACACCCACACAUCAUCAAGCUGUACCAGGUGAUAAGUACGCCCACAGACUUCUUCAUGGUCAUGGAGUACGUGUCUGGAGGGGAGCUGUUUGACUACAUCUGCAAACAUGGCCGGGUGGAGGACAAGGAGGCCUGCCGGCUCUUCCAGCAGAUCAUCUCCGGCGUGGACUACUGCCACCGGCACAUGGUGGUCCACAGGGACCUGAAGCCCGAGAACGUGCUGCUGGACGCCAACAAGAACGCCAAGAUAGCCGACUUCGGUUUGUCCAACAUGAUGUCGGACGGCGAGUUCCUGCGGACGAGCUGCGGAUCUCCAAACUACGCCGCGCCGGAGGUCAUCUCAGGAAGGCUGUACGCCGGCCCCGAGGUGGACAUCUGGAGCUUGGGGGUGAUCCUGUACGCGCUGCUGUGCGGCACGCUGCCCUUCGACGACGAGCACGUGCCCACGCUGUUCAAGAAGAUCCGGGGGGGCGUGUUCUACAUGCCCGAGUACCUGACCCGGCCCGUGGCCUCGCUGCUCGCCCUCAUGCUGCAGGUGGACCCUCUGAAGAGAGCCUCCAUCAAAGACAUCAGGGAACACGAGUGGUUCAAGCGGGACCUGCCAGGCUACCUGUUCCCCGAGGACCCGUCGUGCGACUCCUCGGUUCUGGACGAGGAGGCCGUGAGGGAAGUGUGCGAGAAGUUCGAAUGCACCGAGACGGAGUUCAUGUCCAGCCUGUACAGCGGAGAUCCUCAGGACCAGCUGUCCGUGGCCUACCACCUCAUCAUAGACAACCGGCGCAUCAUGACCCAGGCCAGCGAGUUCUACCUGGCCUCCAGCCCGCCGCAGGGCUCCUUCAUCGAGGAGGGCAUGCCGCUGCCCCCCGGGGUCAAGCCCCACCCCGAGAGGAUGCCCCCGCUGAUGGCGGACGGGCCCAAGAGCCGCUGCCCGCUGGACGCGCUCAACACCACGCGGCCCAAACCGCUGACGGUCAAGAAGGCCAAGUGGCACCUCGGCAUCCGGAGCCAGAGCCAGCCGUACGACAUCAUGGCCGAGGUGUACCGCGCCAUGAGGCAGCUCAGCUUCGACUGGAAGGCGGUGAGCCCGUUCCACCUGCGCGUGCGGAGGAAGAACCCGGUGACGGGCACCCUGGUGAAGAUGAGCCUGCAGCUGUACCAGGUGGACUCCAGGUCCUACCUGCUGGACUUCAAGAGCAUCGACGAUGACAUCAUCGAGGCGGCGGGCUUCAAGCCGGGUCCCUCCGCCCCCCAGAGGUCGGGCUCCACCGCCGGCCUCCACCGGCCCCGGCUGAGCGUGGACCCGACCGCCGACCUGCCGCAGCUAAGCUCCUCCCUCCCGGGGUCGCUGACCCCGCUCAACCCCCCGCGCCAGGGAUCGCACACCAUGGACUUCUUUGAGAUGUGCGCCAGUCUGAUCACCACACUGGCACGCUGA